AUGCAAGGGUGCGCUACACUUCCUAGGCCCGGGUGUAGUGGAAAAUAUGCAAGGGUUGCUAGAACGUCGCCCGGAAGCGGCGCGCCACCCGAUGGUGGUGUUAACUAUCCAAGGUUUCAUGGUAAGGGCAGGGGUAAGGGUAAGGGUAGUAGGAUGCGGUUUGGGACUUGGAACAUUGGCUCUUUGACAGGGAGAUUAGUCGAAGUAGUAGAGGUUAUGAGGAGGAGAAUUAACAUAUUAUGUUUGCAGGAUACUAAGUGGGUUGGAAACAAGGCAAGAGAGAUAGCUCCAUGGGGUUAUAAGCUUUGGUAUUCGGGAAAAACUAGGGGUAGGAAUGGGGUAGGUAUCCUUAUUGACAGAGAUUAUAUUGAUGAUGUAGUGGACGUGUCCCGAAAGAGUGAUCGAAUUAUGAGUAUUAAGCUUGUGAUAGGGGAUGAAGUUGUAACUAUUGUGAGUACCUAUGCACCACAAGCAGGACUAGAUGCGUCAACUAGACAUGAAUUUUGGGAGGAUUUAGAAGAAGUGGUGCAACGUGUCCCUAGAAGUGAGAAACUGAUCAUUGGUGGGGAUCUCAACGGACAUGUAGGCUCGAGUCGCGAUGGAUUUGAAAGCAUUCAUGGUGGUUUUGGGUAUGGGGAGCGGAAUGAAGCGGGAAAUGCUAUUUUGGAUUUUGCAUUGGCAUAUGACUUGGGUAUAAUGAACACUUGUGCUACACCAAUUGUAAGGUGA